UCCUCCUGAGGGUCAGUUAGAGCAUCGUCAUGCUGUGUUCACUGCUCUAUGUUGAUGAGUUUCCUGCAGCCUUCUUGAGAACCCACGUAGACCCCACAAGAACCCUGGAAGUUCCUCACGAACAUGGAAUCUCUUGAAGAAAACCUGAACCCUGUAAAAGUGAACCUCCUUUAAACACCUGAACUCCUCUCAUUUAACAUUGAGAAUCUUUUAGGAACCCUGAAAACACUUCAAGCAACCUGGAACCUCUUCAGACACCGUUGCAAUCUCAUCAAUUACUUAUAGAAAAAACUUCAAGAUCCAUAGCAAUUCCUCAAUAUGCCUCUUCAGUAUAUCUGGUUCUUCAUGAGGAACUCCUUUAAGUACUCCUGGAACAUCUCGAAAUUCCAUGGGAAGCCAUGAUUCUCUUUAAGCACCCUGGGUUAUCUUCAAAAACACAUUUACCUUCUUCAAACUCUACUGCAGCUUUUUAAAGGAAAUCACACCAAGAGCCCUUGAGCAUCCCAAAGAUACCCUAAGAACGUCUCAAUUGAAUUAGAACCUCCAUAGAACACCUGCAUUCCUCUCAGGUAAACUUUGCUCUCUCUUAGUAACUCUUGGGUGACUUCAAAAACACUGGCACCUCCUAAAGAGACUCAAAGCCCAUUUCAAGAGUCUUAGAAUCUCCCUAAAACACUCAAAUUCCACUCAGGUAAAAUGUGGACCCUCCUAGGAACCCUUGAACCCUUUCCACCAACCUGGAACUUCCUCAGGAAUCCACAGAAAAACCACAAGACCCCUGGAAGUUUCUCCUUCUUUGUUUUAUUUUUUAAAAAAAGCAUGUGGAAUCUCCACCAGAACCCGUGAACCUCCCUAAACGAGUCUCUGAACCUCCUUAGAACACCUGAAUUUCUGUCAGGUAAAAUGUAGGAACCCUGGAACUCUUUCAAAGAGCUCAAAACCUCCUCAAAAACACCUGGAACCUCUACAAACAUUAUCGCAGCCUCUUCAACAAGUAUGGGUAACUCCAUUAGCAACCAUGGAACCACGCUGAGCCUGUGUCAAGUCUGAGAACCCCUUUAGGACACCUCUCAAGUAACAUUGGGAUCUUCUUAAGAACCCUAAAAUGCCUUCAAUUACACUGGGACCUGCUCCAACACAGAUGCUAUCUCCCCAAGUAUUUAUGAUAAUCUCAUUAAGAACCCAGGAAAUUACUCCAGCACCUUCUUCAUUUUAUGUGCAACCUCCUCAAGGACUUAUGGAGCCCACCAAGUAAGCACACCUGUACGGACCAUGCUGACAGGUUCUCCUAAGUGGAUGUUUAGUGUUGCUUUAUCCCAGUCAGACACUGAAGGCACCACAGUGGAAACAUGAGCCCUAACCCGAAGAGGUCCGCCCACUUUCUGCUGCACACCUGAUCUCCUUCACCUGUGACCUGCACACAAAAACAUAUACACAGGUGUGGUUGCCUGGCUGGGUGUGUCCUCUCAACUACAACAAACACAGGAACAAUAGAGCCCCGCCCCCCUCACCUGCUCAGAUAUGUCAGUCUGAGUGAACUGGUUUGUUUAGUCUGAUCCGAUUAAGAUUUUCAGAGAACGACACGACAAUUUCUGGACCGACAUGCCGAACUGAGGAGCGCUACCUGCCAAACCAGACAGAGCUGCUGCAGAGCCCAGCAACAUCCAGGACAUGGAGCUGAGAGAGGAGUGGCAGGACGACGGCUUCCCCAGACCGCUGCCAGAAGACUGUGGGAGUCCGGAGGAGGCAGAGAGUCCAGCGAAAGGCGCCAGAGCACCUGCCCCGCCCACCAGCCUUGCCCUGUCAGGUACAGUCGGAGGCGCAGCUAAGAAGCGUCUAGUGGCUCCAUCUCUCAGUCUCACUUUGGGCCGCCGAGACUCUCAUGACCUGAACGAUAGCUUUUCAGCAGCAGCGCUGUCUGCGACGGACGAUACACCAUCUCUCGACAUCAACCUGGAGGCUCUGGAGACGCCGUCAGACAGCGAGUCGGGAACGCUGCCCGACAGCAACCCCGACCUGGAAUGGGAAGAUGACCUGCCUCGUGUGGGGAGAGGCGGGGCCGUGGGCGUGGCCACAAGCCCAGUGGAGAUAUCUGAAGGUCUGAUGGAGCUGGACCGGGUGGACAGCAAAGGGCGCCGCUGGAGGAGGUUCUGUAUCGCUGGACACGAGUACCACGUAAACAUGAGCGUCCUGGAACCGUAUCUGCAGGUCCUGUCACAUGGAGGUUACUAUGGAGACGGGAUGAAUGCCAUCAUCCUGUUCACUUCCUGUUAUCUGCCAGAGAACACCGUGGAGGACUACGAGUAUGUCAUGGACAACCUGUUCAGGUAUAUUGUGGGGACCCUGGACCUGAUGGUGUCAGAGAACUACCUGCUGGUGUACCUGUGUGCCAUGGCUCCCAGGAACAAACUGCCGGCCAUCAAAUGGCUGCACCAGUGCUACACCUCUAUUGACAGGAGGUUGAAGAAGGACCUGAAGGGGCUGUUGGUCGUCCAUCCUGCCUGGUACAUUAAAGCUCUGAUCACGGUGGUGAAACCUUUCAUCAGUGAGAAGUUCAGCAGGAAGAUCCGGUUUGUUCAGAGUCUCCAGCAGCUCUCCCAGUUCAUCCCCACAGACCAGCUUCAGAUCCCCGACGCCAUCCGACAGUUUGAUGAGAAGCAGAACAGAUGACAGUGGAUGAAGCUGGAGGUCAGAGGUGAUGAGGAGAACGUCUGUCUUGCUGCUGUACAGACGAACAGACUGAGGGUUAUUACUGAUGCUGCCUGAGUGUUGGAGGAGAUUGGUGUUCUCCAACACCCACAAGAACAUCAGGUUCCCUGAGGAAAGUGUGGAGAUGUCUUCAGUCUGAGAUAAGAACAGCGGUGUUCAGACUCUGGGUGACUUUUCCUUUAACUGAUCUGGGAGGUUUGCUUGAACUGUUUCAGAUGCUUCAGUGAUCUAAAAACAUCAGAUGCUGAUGUUAUUGAGAAAUCAGCAGCAUCCUGAUGUUUCUAUGCCGACAAACUGAACUUGUUGUCAUAGCAACAGCGUGAAGCCUCCAUCCUGUUUAUCUGCUGCCUUUACUUGGGUUUAAUCUCCAGCUGCAGGAACAUGUGUUCAACCUGCUGCACGCCUAUAAUAAAAGCACCGGUCGAACAGGU